AUGCAAAGGGCUCAGCAUUGGUUUUAUAGCACUAGCUGGUAUAAAGAUGUCAAAAAACUCAAAAAUAUUGUUAAUUAUGAUUGGCAAAAAAGAUGUAUUUGCCUAGACAACGGAAUUUUCCUUAUUGAGGUAUAUUAUGAUCAAGAUCUGGAAAUUGUUAUUCCAGAAAGGAUACAAAAAGUUAAGGAAUUCAUUAAUCAAGCAUCUAAAAGGGACAGUACUGAUGCGGUUCCAGAACGAAUGCCAAAUUGUAACUAUUAUCGGAAUCUGUGGUGGGAUAAGGGGGAACUUAGCUCAAAAGCAGAAUGGGAUAAAGUGACGCUCCCAUAUAAACUUGCUGUUGGAGUUACUUUAAAUGAGUAUGAACGUCGUGUAGAAGAGUUUAAUGUCCACGGUUGUUGGGAGUGGACCAAUGGUGAUGUUAUAAUCUACGAGUUGCCGUCGGAACCGCACGAAAUCUGCAUUGGUGCGAUAACUGAAGAAUUAAUGGAUGCCGUUAGACCUGUUAAAGGGACCAAUGCCCAGAUCUACAGUCUAGGAUCAACCAGGAAAGAAGCCGAUGAGUCAUUUAGACCAAAAAAACCACUCGUAGUUUCUCCACAUGGGAGUGAUGGACUCGAUUGCCCUUGGCCAAAUAUUGUUGUAGAGGUUGCGUAUACAGAGUCCGUAGAACAUGUAUUGGAAAAAGUAAAAAAUUACUGGCUUAAACCUAAUCGUGCUCACGAUGCUAUAGUUGUUAAAAUCGACCCUGUCCCCGCAGGUGAUAGGCCUAUUUGCAUGAAGGUAUGGCACUACUGCGUUUCAGACAGAGUAACAAGAAAUUUGUUUCCAGCAAGGGAUAAGUUUGAUUUCGGCCUGCAUCCACCAUUAACUAUGCAACCUGGUGCGUUUCUGAUCGAUAUUCAACUGGACUGUCUAUAUCAUGGUUUAAAAUCUAAUAUACAAAUUCCUCGAAAUAUUCUUCCAAAUCCGAUUGUUUUGGAUUUCUUUUAUGUUAAACGAGCAAUUGCAGAAAUGUUUGAGGAUAGGGAAUAAUGAAGCGUAUUACUGUAUGUUACUAGUAGCCUAAAAAAUCAAGAGAAAAUUACUACAUGCUGUCAUAUGAUACUGAUAUGUUAGUUUAGCUGAGCCAGCUUCUUUAUAAAAUAAAAUUUUUCGCUUAUUGCAUGAUGUGUGUGUUUUAUUACUAGUUAAUAAAGGUUUAUAUGCCAUCGCAAAUUCAUGCCAUAAAUUAGAUUUCUAAUCACAGAGUUUUCUGAAAUAUUGAUUUGUAAUGUUAUUCAUUCUUGUCCAAGGCUCCAACAGCUCAACCUUAGCGGUUGUGGAAUUAUCUAUAUAACUAUCAGAGAAACUAGAUUAUGUCCUAAUUUUUUACUUAACUGAUUAGUAGUCUUAAUCUUAGGAAUGGCAUGGUUGAACUGAAAGAAAACGGUGCAAAUUUUGAUAUAAUCAUAUAAGUAAUUUAUUACUCACCAUAGACGAUAAUUUUGCGAUCCCAAUC